GCUCCCGCAACGCCUAGCUGGGGUACAGCUCCACUCUUGGCGGAGCCGCGCCGCCCCGCUUGCUCCGGAGAGCGGCAGGAGCCGCCGGUGGGCGGCAGUAGGCAGUGAGCGGAGGAGCCUUGGCAGUGGCAUUAAACAUUAACUGACUACUUGGAAAGAAAAAAAAAAUAAUCAUGGCUUCCAACAUGGGUAGCCCUGCUAACCAUCUGCCAUACUUCUUUGGCAAUAUUACACGUGAGGAAGCUGAGGAGUAUCUGAUGCAAGGAGGAAUGAGUGAUGGACUAUACCUGCUUCGCCAAAGCCGGAAUUACCUAGGGGGCUUUGCCUUAUCCUUGGCCUAUGGAAGGAAGGUUCAUCAUUACACAAUUGAGAGGGAGUUGAGUGGGACGUAUGCUAUUGCAGGAGGCAAAUCACAUGCAAGUCCUGCUGAACUCAUUAACUAUCAUUCAGAGGAAGCAGAUGGCCUUAUCUGUCUACUGAGAAGAUCUUUCAAUCGACCACCAGGCGUUGAGCCCAAAACAGGGCCUUUUGAAGAUUUAAAAGAGAACCUCAUCAGAGAGUAUGUCAAACAAACAUGGAAUCUGCAGGGUCAUGCUCUUGAACAAGCUAUCAUUAGCCAAAAACCUCAGCUGGAGAAACUGAUUGCCACUACAGCCCAUGAGAAGAUGCCUUGGUUCCAUGGGAGGAUCACUCGGGAGGAGUCAGAGCAGCGUAUCCUCACUGGAUCAAGAAACAAUGGAAAAUUUUUAAUCCGAGAAAGGGACAGCAAUGGUUCCUAUGCCCUGUGUCUGCUGAAUGAUGGAAAAGUACUGCAUUAUCGUAUUGACAGAGAUAAGACAGGAAAGCUCUCCAUACCAGAUGGAAAAAGAUUUGACACCCUCUGGCAGUUAGUUGAGCAUUAUUCAUACAAACCGGACGGAUUAUUAAGGGUUCUGUCCAUUCCCUGUCCACGGCAUGGCUCAGAAAGUGAUAACUCUUCUUUUGACACUCGUCCUCUUCCUGGAACCCCUUCUAAGAGUUGGGCAAGAGGUGGAAUUAUCUCAAGAAUCAAAUCGUACACCUUUCCAAAGGCUGGCAGCAAAAAGCUCCAGACACCUAUUGGUCCCCCAUCUGAUGACCAAACACCUUUUAAUCCUUAUGUACUACAAAGGGCAAGAGGUCUAAUAGAAGCAGAGAAAGGUGAUCAGAGAGAGGCCUUACCCAUGGACACUGAGGUUUAUGAAAGUCCGUAUGCUGACCCAGAUGAAAUUAAACCAAAAAAUGUCACUCUUGAUAGGAAAUUGUUAACCCUAGAGGAAGGAGAGCUUGGCUCUGGCAACUUUGGUACUGUAAAGAAAGGGUUCUAUAAGAUGAAGAAGGGGGCCAAGCCAGUGGCUGUAAAAAUUCUUAAGAAUGAGAGUAAUGAUCCGGCCAUAAAGGAUGAGUUACUGAGAGAAGCAAAUGUAAUGCAGCAACUGGACAACCCAUAUAUAGUCCGAAUGAUAGGUAUAUGUGAAGCAGAGGCCUGGAUGUUAGUAAUGGAAAUGGCUGAACUUGGGCCACUGAACAAGUUUUUGCAAAAAAAUAGGCACAUCACAGAAAAGAAUAUAACAGAACUUGUACAUCAGGUUUCCAUGGGGAUGAAAUAUCUGGAGGAGAAUAACUUUGUACAUAGGGAUCUGGCUGCAAGGAAUGUGCUAUUAGUCACCCAGCAUUAUGCCAAAAUCAGUGACUUUGGACUAUCUAAGGCUCUUAGUGCUGAUGAAAAUUAUUACAAGGCACAAAGUCACGGAAAAUGGCCAGUCAAGUGGUAUGCUCCAGAAUGCAUGAAUUUCUACAAGUUUUCUAGCAAAAGUGAUGUCUGGAGCUUUGGAGUUUUAAUGUGGGAAGCAUUCUCUUAUGGGCAAAAGCCCUAUAAAGGAAUGAAAGGCGGCGAAGUUGCACAGAUGAUUGAAAGAGGAGAACGAAUGGAACGUCCUGAAGCCUGUCCAGUGGAAGUCUAUGACUUAAUGAAAUUAUGUUGGACGUACAAUGUUGAUGACCGACCAGGAUUCGUUUCCGUGGAGUUGCGAUUACGGAACUACUAUUACGACAUUGCCCACUAGCCACGUGAGCAGCAGCUUGCCUUUCUUCAGCAGAGAGAAGCAGUUCAGAUUCUGAAACUAAGUGACCUAUUUUUGUACUGUCACCCUCACCAUAUACAGUUGAGAGCUAAGCUCUGUUUGUGAGGUUGCCUUUUUUUUUUUUUUUUUUUGGCUUUUUUGCAGAAUGUCAAGCUCCAAAGUAGAGCAGCACAACAUAAGUGCAGAUGCAUAGACUUCCAUUACGUUCCAUUUUAUUUACAGGUUUAUUGUCUUUACAUUCUUCUGUCAUGUAAAACCUAUUUAAAGUCUU